AUGAUUAGAACUAGUAUUCGUCGCUUGACAAUAAGCAGGAAUCACGAUAUUAAGCUUCCAUUCGUGCCUUUGGUUUCGGAAAAUGGUAUUCCACUGGCAAUUGGAAAUACACCUCUUAUCCGGUUACCCAGGAUCUCCGACGAAAUCGGUAGAAAUGUGUACGCUAAAGCUGAAUUUAUGAACCCAGGAGGAUCGAUUAAGGAUAGGGCUGCGUUAUAUGUGAUCAAGGAUGCUGAAGAAAAGGGUUUGAUCAAGCCUGGUGGAACCAUUGUGGAAGGUACUGCUGGUAAUACUGGGAUUGGGUUAGCCCAUGUAUGUAGAGCUAAAGGGUACAAAUGUGUGAUUUAUAUGCCAAACACCCAAUCCAAGAAUAAAAUUGAAACCUUGAGAUUGUUGGGAGCUACCGUGCACCCGGUUCCAGCGGUCCCAUUUGACAAUCCAGAGAACUAUAAUCAUCAGGCAAAGAGGUUCGCUGAAUCUCAAGAAAAUGCUGCCUGGACGAACCAAUUCGACAAUACUGCAAACAGACAGGCUCACAUCGAAACUACUGGGCCUGAAAUUUGGUCCCAAUUGAACGGUAAAGUAGAUGCAUUCACCUGUUCCACAGGUACUGGUGGUACUUUUGCAGGUGUAACUAGAUACUUAAAGGAAAUCUCCAACGGGGCUACCAAAUGUGUUUUAGCUGAUCCACCUGGAUCUGUCUUGUAUUCUUACAUCAAGUCUAAUGGAGAAAAAAUGGAAAGAGGUGGUUCUUCCUUCACCGAAGGUAUUGGUCAAGGUAGGGUUACCGAUAACUUGAAGCCAGAAAUCCCAUUGAUAGAUGACGCAUUAAAGAUCACCGAUGAAGAAUCAAUUGCAAUGUUGUACCGUUUGUUGGAUGAAGAAGGAUUAUAUAUCGGUGGUACCGGUGCUUUGAAUGUUGUUGCUGCUGUCAAAGUUGCCCAAUCAUUACCAGAAGGUUCAAAUGUUGUCACUUUGUUAGCUGAUUCUGCUCACAAAUACAGUGACCGUAUUUUCUCUCAAAGCUGGUUACAAUCGAAGGGUUUGUUUGAUGCUUUACCUUCCCAUUUGAAGAAAUACGCCACUCUCGAGUAA